UGUGAGUGGAGACAGGUGGGAGCUCCGGUUAGACGGGCUGCUGUUGUUCUCAAUACAAAGAGAAACGAGCCGGAGAAACGCUCUUAAUUCACGUCAAAUUUAAGGGUGGAAAUGUUACGCUGAUUUUAACCUUUAUCUGUAAAUUAAAAGAAGUCUUUGUGAGCGAUUUUAUGUGAAAAAUGUCCGAGCGAAGAGAGAGAAAUUCAGAAGAAACUGCGCAGUCAUAAAUUAAUGGGAGCGGUGACCUGAGCAGAUAUGGCAGCUGACGACAAGGUUGCCAUCCUGACAGACGAUGAGGAGGAGCAGAAGAGGAAGUAUGUGUUGGCCGAGCCAUUCAACACCCUGUCGAUGCAGCCGCAGGCGGGCGACUCUGCGGCUGUGGUGCCCACCACAGGCACGCCGCCUGAGCAGCCGCCGUCCGCGGAUCUGGACUCCAUAGACUGCUGUGAGAGGAUGUGCCUCCGCAUUAACAGCCACCUCCUCAUCUCCAAAGUUUUCUACUUCUUCUUCUACGCCGCCUACGGCUCGCUGCAUCCCCUCCUACCCGUCUACUAUAAACAGCUGGGCAUGUCUCCCAGCCGCAGCGGGCUGCUCGUUGGUAUCCGUUACUUCAUUGAGUUCUGUAGCGCCCCCUUCUGGGGUGUGGUGGCAGAUCGCUUCAAAAAAGGGAAGGCUGUGCUGCUGUUCUCUGUCCUGUGCUGGUUGGUGUUUAACUGUGGAAUCGGCUUUGUCAAACCAGCCGAGAUGAAGUGUGAGGAGAAAGGUGCUAUCAUGACGACGUUGGCACCACCAACAACGACCUCCCUGCCCUUUAACACAACACAACCCGGCAACGCAACCAACCACACCAGAAAUCGCCGGAGCCUCCUAGACUUCCCUGGACUUCAUGAACUCAUGGACUCAUUCUUCAGUUUUCAGCCCAGACACAUUCGAAGUGUUGACACCAACGCCACAACCACCGCCCCCCUCCCUCCUAUCACGCUGACUAACCCAGGCAAGAACACGCCAAACAACACCACCAUCCUCACCACGACAACCCCGACCACCACUAAGCCACCUGCUCCAACCAAAGCCAAGGAGUACCAGAUCAUCUACAACAAAGACCAAGUAGAGACCAUCUUCCUGCUCAUCCUGCUUGUCAUCAUCGUGGGUGAGUUCUUCAGCGCUCCGGCCGUCACCAUCGUGGACACGGUCACCCUGCACUACCUCGGCAAAGCACGGGACCGUUACGGCCUCCAGAGGAUGUGGGGCUCACUGGGAUGGGGACUGGCCAUGCUGCUGGUGGGAAUCUGGAUUGACCAUACCCACAUUAUCGUCAAGAUUGACGGAAAAGGCUGCGUCGUCCCCGACUUUCGUCUCCACAACUACCAGAUUGCUUUCAUCGUCUUUGGCGUACUGAUGGGUGUGGCGCUCAUUGUAGCCACGCAGUUUUACUUUGAAAAAGGUGCAGACUACAGACACGAGAUCCCCGAGGGGGUGGUGGCAGAAGCUGACAUACCGCCGAGAGCGUUACCAGAGCCCGGGUCAUCUGACCAGACUCCCAUCAGCCCCGACACGGCUCAGGAGUUCCACUACAGCGACCUCCUGAAGCUCCUGUGCAGCGUGCGCUACAGCUCCAUCCUCUUCGUCGCCUGGUUCAUGGGCUUUGGCUACGGCUUCGUCUUCACCUUCCUGUACUGGCACCUGGAGGACCUGAAGGGGACCACCACACUGUUUGGGGUCUGCUCUGUCCUGAGCCACGUCUCAGAGCUCGCUGCAUACUUCACCAGCCACAAGUUCAUCGAGCUGGUCGGACACGUCAGGGUGCUCUACAUCGGCCUGGCCUGCAACACAGCUCGCUACCUGUACAUCUCCUACCUGCAGAACGCCUGGAUCGUCCUGCCCAUGGAGGUCCUUCAAGGUGUGACGCACGCCUCAGUUUGGGCAGCCUGCAUCUCCUACCUGAGUGCAGCCGUCCCUCCGGCUCUGAGGACGUCGGCACAGGGAAUCCUGCAAGGGCUUCACCUCGGGCUGGGCCGAGGCUGUGGGGCCAUGGUGGGGGGAGUAUUCGUAAACUUCUUUGGUGCUGCAGCGACAUUCAGAGGCAUCGGCAUGGCGUCCCUCGUCAUCCUCCUCAUCUUUUCCUUCAUCCAGUGUCUCACUGGAGAGACAGAGGGGAAAGAGGACAAAAUGUUGGCAGAAAACAUCCCCGUCCCCUCCAGCCCAGUUCCCAUUGCUACUAUUGACCUUGUGCAGAGCCAGAAUGGUGGCGUGGGUAGCCCGACCCCGACUCGCCCGGCCGCCGCCCAGCCUGUCUUGAAGACCAAACACCAGGAAGAGCAGGAGGACGUGAGCAGGCCCGCCUGGGUGCUCUCAGGCGCCCCAUGGGUCACCAUUGCCUUCGCAGUCUUCCAGAUCAGAGAGCUGAUGAACUUGGGGAAGGGGAACGGACCUCCACCGGAGACACGGCCUCUGCAGGUACCUAAGGAGCAGGCGGAGUACAAGGCGGUGGCACACAGAAACUCAAGUGAUGACGGCACAGAUCAACCACCCACCCCAGAAACUCCCACACAACCAGACACCACCCAGCCAGAACCACCUUCAGACUCUGACAGAGACCAAACAAAGCCAUCCUCAGACGGAGGCGGGCCUAAAGACAACCCGGCGUUCACAGCAGAAAACAAAGCGUGACUGUUUUAUUUAUAGACUGUUUAAUUUAUACUGUCGGGGCUUUUGUCACUGCAGGAAGAUCCUUCAAAACAAGACGGUUUGUCUCAAAUUUAGUCCUAAAAUCUGAGUUAGAAUCAUGAAGCUUUGACAAACAAUGAUUAGCUUAAACGUGACCAUUAAAUAGGGUAGAGAAUAUCCUAUAAGAAGCAAUGUAAAGAUACUGUAGCUCUUUUUUUAAAGGACUAAUGACCUGGAUGAAGGGAGGUUUUUGCAAAGGGGACUUUGGGUUGAACACUGGGAUGGAUGUUGAGGUGUAUUUGGUGGUGUUUUUCACUCACCUUAGAGCACUGUGCACUGUAUUUACUGCCCUUUAACGGUGAAGUGUGAAGGAAAUCCUUCAAAUGUACAUAAACAAUGUGCCUCUUAAUAAGUUAUUAACUUAAAUUGUUGGCGAGAACUGACAAAAUGGUGAUUUUAUUUAGCACUUUGAUUCAACAACAUGUACAGGUGUUUUAAACAUUGACAGCUGCUGUGACAAGUCAGCUGCCAGCCUGUAAUUAACGCAUUCAAACACUUUUUUUAAAGGGAUUUUACCAUUAGGAUUGAUGCAGCAUUGGGUAUUCAUGAACUGCUUUAACACAGGGGUCCCCUUUCUUUUUUACCUCAUAUUUUUAGAUUGACAAGCUUCAGGGGUGGUUUCACAUUAGGGACCAAGGCCUGGAUCUGAGUACACUCAGCCCCAAAGACUGUAACUGUGCUCAAGUACAGGGCAUUCAUCUUUGAUUAAGGUUAUAAAGACAACUAUAAAUGCCUCCUCUAUCUUCAAAAACUGCUGCUGACCCUGCAGAACUGAAUAAUUUCUUCCCAUGAGCUGCAUGCUGGAUGUACAAGUAGUAAGAGGGUCGUAGCUGGUGUCAUGCAUAUUACACAACAAAAUUUACUUUGGCAACAAUCACCAACUUAGAGGCAGAAGCCAUGAAAAAUGUAUUAAAACAGUAGUGCAUUCACAGCCCUGAGAAGAAAGCUGUGUCUUAGGUGGUUUGUCUGCCUUUCUGACCUUUUACCUGCCUGAAGGGAGAGGGUCAAAAGGCAGUGAUCGGGGUGUUACUAGCUGCCAUGUGCUCGGGUACGGAUCAGUGUCAUUAAUGUGAAAGCAGACCAUCAGGGGAAAUGGAGGGGUGGCACUUGUGCCCAAAGUGGAAAUGCCCUAAAGCAGGGGUGUCCAAACCCGAGGGCCAAAUGUGCCCUGCCAGAAAUCCUUUAAAUGAAAUUUGGCCCUCGACAGAGCAUGAAACUUGUGCUAACCUGUGUUAUUCUUCUUAGCUUCAGCACAAGGCAGUGCUACCAUGCUAAUACUGUAAACAAACAUUUUGACAAGAAUUAUUGCUUUUUUUUUUCCAGGACUAAUAUCUUGAUGGAUUACAGCAGCACCAAUGAUUUUUCAUGGGCGGAGCCAGCGGUAGCCAGAGCUGACUAGAGCCCCCUGAAAUCUUAUUAGCCUCCCCAAAAAUCUUGAAAUUAUUGGCUAUUUGCCUUAUCAGCCAUCGACUAGCUAUUUAAGCAAUCACUGAGUAUACCUUAACCUACAUUAGACUAGUUUUACUAACUUUAAUUUCAAGGUGAGCUCUAAAGUGUCCCCACCAUCUUUAUAUAUUUCUGUAUGUGGCCCCCAGUGGAACAAGUUUGGACAUCCCUGCCUUAAAGAGAGCAUAACCUGAGGUAGGAAAAGUUUAUCAGCUCUUAUAGAAAAUGACCCACUGGACUAAAGUUGGCAGUUAAAUCCACGUCUGUGGAGUUAAAUGUUUGCUGCAGCUUCAUCGAACCUCAUCGAAGCAUAAACUGUAGAUUUAGUAAAAACUUGAUUUAUCCAUGUAGUAUCAUUUUUAUGUAGCAAACUUCAAUGUUGUAUAAUAUUAGUUACUCUUCUUGUCUUUCCAUUAAACUUAAACUUUGGCUGUGAUGACUGUGGAACUAGUCGGGUCGUCACAUACCAGAUUUAAACACUUUGAUGUGAUUCUAAAGAAAAGUCAGACAUUAUCAUCAUCAUUACCAUUGAAACAGAAGUCCAAGGCACAAAAUAUCUGAGAGUAUCUUGAUUUCUUCUAAAAAUGCAGGCAGACUCUUGCACUUUGUUGUCCAAAUAUGUUGGCAACUUUUUGAUACUGAAAUGUUGCCGACAUAGAAUGACUUACUUACUAUUUGGUUUAAAAUCUUGACUUAGGAACAGGAGCCGAGUGCACCACCUGGGCGUAAUGAAGGUAGUUUUAUCUCCUCCGUCUUGCUUGACUAUGACAGACUUCUUAACUCAAAUUGAGAACAGUCAUGGCUGUGUCUGUUAAUUUGAACGUAACACAUUCCCAUCUAUUCUAACUUCACCUGUCAAACUGUUGACAAAGAUUUCAACAAAAAAUUUCUUUGUUAAUCCACUAAAACAAAGUCUUUUGAUUGACCUACUGUGUUUCAUUGACUAUACCAGCAAAGAAAUGAGUUGCCAUCAUGUUUUACUUUAAAGUUUUGAGACUUAUAUCAGAUAAGUCUGGCUUUUUAAACCUGUGUCUGCUCCACCCUAGGUGUAAAGGUUCAGGAGUAACUUAAACAGACCUGCUGGCGUUCAGGGCUGAAGCUUAAGUAACACUCAAAAUAAACAUACGCCCAGCUGCUGCACUCAGCUCCAGAAGUCUUUAAAGCUUCAGUUCUUUUCAGAAUGGAAUGAUACUGCUUUAAAUAACUGGUACUGAACCACAGUUGUUUGAAAAAAGCCUUAAAUUUAACUAACUAAACUGACCUAAUAGUUUAAAAUCCAAAUACAUUACAUUUAAAUUUCUGAGCAUGUUUUAAAGAUGCAAGCAAGUGUCUCUGUUUCUGGUAAAGCUCCAGGAGCUGCUGAUUACUGUACAUUGUGCUGAAAGACUGUUAUUUAAGUUUGAAGUUUUAACUGACAGAUGAAACUUGACGUCUUAUCCUUUUUAAUAAAACUUAAAGUUGCGUGCACACUGAAGUAGCUGUGUUGAAAAAGUGCCUCUUUUAAAUUUAUCAAUCUUUAAUCCUCUGACUUGUUCUAAUGCAAACAUCCCGUUACUUUCCUCCUACGUUCAUGUAAUCGACACCGAGGCUCUUUUUAAAGCCUGAUUCCAAUAUUUUUGUAUCAAAGCUGCCAAUGAUCGACACGCUAUAUUUACGCUCUUCUUUCAUGCCAAACUAUUCCCAGUAUUCAGUGUGUUUUUGUGUCCUCGGGGUGGAAAAACCCUCAGAAAUAGAAAUAAAUGAAGAAUUUCUGUUAACAGGAAAUUAAACAUGAAAUGCUUCUCAGGCUGUUUUUCUUUCUUUGUGAAGGAGUCAUGAUGGCUAAUUACAGCCCUUUCAUACAGUACCGGUGUAUUUAUUCUGAACAAUAUUAAAUGUAUA